AUGCUGCGUCCCAAGAGCCUGGGGGGGGGGCUGCCUCGUUUCUGGGACACCCAGGAGUCCGCAGGCUGUCUGUUCGAGGAUGGCCUCUGCAGACCGUCUGAGACCUGUGUCAACGACGGGGUGUUUGGAAGGUGCCAGAAGGUUCCAGCGAUGGACACACACCGCUACGAGGUAUCGCCGGGAGCUCUGCAGCACCUGACAGCCACCUUGCAGAAGCUGUCGCGGACAGGCUUCACGUGGCAGGACGACUACACCCAGCGUGUGAUGGCCCGGGAGCUCUCGGACCUUCCCCACGCCUACGCACGACAUCUGGAAGCCUCCGACACAGCCAGGAGCUUGGAGCGGAGCGCAGAGAAGGAGUGGAGGCCCAGUCUGCGGGAGGCCGGUGCCCUGGCCAGGGCUGUCCAGCGUUACUUGCCAUACCUAGAGGCCCUGUCGCAGGCCGCGGCUCCGAAUGCUCAUCCCAAGACCAGGCCGGACAGACCAGCAGCUCAGGUUGAGGACCCCCGCGCCCACGGCGUGCUGACCUUCACCGCGCAGACGGCUGCUCUGACCUACGCUCCUGGGCCCUGGGCUGAGCGCCCCGGGAGCCGCCCUUUGGGGACCCGCGGCCUGCUGCAGCCUGAUGAGCUCAGCCCCAAGGUGGAUGGCGGCGCUGAAAGGCAGAGCCCGGUCGCCGCGCUGGUCACCGCUGUGGCUCGGAAGCCCCCCGCGCCCCACAGGGAGGACGACCCCGGGCCUCAAAACCGCCUGCGCGGACCUUGGAAAACAGCGAGGGUCCUCUCGGCCCCAGCAGUCCUCCGGAAAUGGUCUCUGCCUCCAGGAGACCCCGAGGACCCCCCAGCCGUGGGCGAUGAAACACUCGUCCAGAGCCUCCUGAAGGACCUGGGAAGGCAGCCGGCGCCGGCGGAGGGCCUGAGCCCCCUGGAGCUCGGCGAGAUGGCCCACAUGGUUGCUGCCGCCGUACGGGGAGUGGGUGCAGACGGCGAGCUGCGAGGAGCUGAGAAAGGAGCCGCAGGGGAGCCGCGAGAGGCCGGCGUCGGCAAGCAGGCUGGGGACAGCGGGACAGGACGCUCCAUGUCUGAUGGGGUCCGGACGAGGGUUCUGAUGAUGCUUGUGUCUUCCACAGAUGACGGCGGGCCGGACGGCGGAGGUGGAGCUGACGAGGAGGUCAGUCGUCUAGGCCUCAAACGCGGGGACCACCUGCGGCAUCCUGGGUCCCCACUCUUUCCUGCGGCCCCCGUUCUCACGGAGCCCUUCAAAACGGAGAAGAAGAACUUGGAGACCCCCAGGAUGCCCCCGACGUGGGAGGAGGAGAGCACUGGGGUGGAGGACGUGAGGAGUCAGACCUACUCCAGGGACCGGCUGGACAGGCCACGUCCCGCAGAGCCCCGGGGGGGCGGCUUUGGCGAGCUCCAGGCCUGGGUGCCAGGGCCCUCGCAGGAAGAUGCUGGCCUUGAAGCCAGAGCCCAGGGACACCCCAGUGAGAGCCUGUGGCUGGCGGCCCGGCCUUCGCAGGAGGAAGAAGGCUACAUUGUGACCGGGAAUGACCCCCUGAGUCCAGAGAAGGGGAAGGAGCUGAUGGAGAGAGUCGCGCGUCUCCUGGAGGUGCCGAUGAGUGUCUUCGCGGAGAUCGCUGUUCUGGGACCGGCCGUGACCUUCAGAGUGAGCGCCAGUGUCCGGAACCUGACGGCGGCAGAUGUGGUGCAGGCUACAGUUGACGGCAAGGACGAGCUGGAACAGGCGUCUGGACUGAAGAUCGUGAGGGCUGGGAGCGGGUCGAAAAGCAAACUCAGGCUUCUGCCGCACGGAGCGGAGCAAGAGGACUCGACCCCGUUCAUCGUGCUGACCCUGGUCUCUGUCGUCGCCAUGGUUGGGGUCCUCCUGGCCUCUGCGGUCAUCUACUGCCUACGCCACGCCUCCCACUCCGGGCUGCGGGAGAAGCUCUCGGGGCUCGGGGAGCACCCCGGCCCGGAUGCCACCGCCGCCUACCAGGAGCUGUGUCGGCAGCGUAUGGCCGUGCGCACGUCCGAGCGCCCAGAGGCCCCGCAUGCGUCCCGCGUCAACAGCGUCUCCUCGCAGUUCAGCGACGGGCCAGUGCCCAGCCCGUCCGCACGGAGCAGCACGUCGUCCUGGUCUGAGGAGCCCGUGCAGUCCAACAUGGACAUCUCCACCGGCCACAUGGUCCUGGCCUACAUGGAGGACCACCUGAAGAACAAGAACCGGCUGGAGAAGGAGUGGGAGGCGCUCUGUGUCUACCAGGCCGAGCCCAACAGCUCGCUCGUGGCCCAGAGGGAGGAGAACGUGCCCAAGAACCGCUCUCCGGCGGUGCUGACCUACGAUCACUCCAGGAUCCUGCUGAGACCCGAGAACAGCCACAGCAACUCCGACUACAUCAACGCCAGCCCCAUCAUGGAUCACGACCCUAGGAAUCCCGCCUACAUCGCCACCCAGGGACCGCUGCCUGCCACCGUGGCCGACUUCUGGCAGAUGGUGUGGGAGAGCGGCUGCGUGGUCGUCGUCAUGCUGACGCCCCUCUCGGAGAACGGCGUUCGGCAGUGCUACCACUACUGGCCCGACGAAGGCUCCAACCUCUACCACAUCUACGAGGUGAACCUUGUCUCCGAGCACAUCUGGUGCGAGGAUUUCCUCGUCAGGAGCUUCUACCUGAAGAACCUGCAAACCAACGAGACGCGCACCGUGACCCAGUUCCACUUCCUAAGCUGGUAUGACCAGGGAGUGCCUUCCUCCGCGAGGUCCCUCCUGGACUUCCGCAGAAAAGUAAACAAGAGCUACAGGGGCCGUUCUUGUCCAAUAAUUGUUCACUGCAGCGACGGCGCGGGCAGGAGCGGCACCUACGUCCUGAUCGACAUGGUUCUCAACAAGAUGGCCAAAGGCGCCAAGGAGAUCGACAUCGCCGCGACCCUAGAGCACCUGAGGGACCAGAGACCAGGCAUGGUCCAGACGAAGGAGCAGUUUGAGUUUGCGCUGACGGCCGUGGCGGAGGAGGUGAACGCCAUCCUCAGGGCCCUCCCACAGUGA